GCAAAUGAGAUGCUUCUUUUUAACAAGAAGUUAACAGCAGAUGAAGCAUGUACCCAAAGACUCGUGACAGAGGUUUUUGUUGACAGUACUUUCCAGAGAGAAGUUUGGGCAAGACUAAAAACCUAUGCAAAUCUUCCCAAAAAUUCUCUGGCCCUCUCCAAACAAUCAAUAAGAUGUGUGAAAAAAGAAAUCCUGCAUGCAGUCAAUUCACGAGAGUGUAUCCAGCUUGUGGAAAGAUUCUUUUCAGAUGAGUGCAUGAAUGCUGUAACAAGCUUCUUCCAGCGGAAGUCAAAAUUAUGAUCUUUUAAAAAAUCUCCAUUGCCCCUGUGGAAUUUUUAUUUGUAUGUUCCAUAUGUAUUUUCAGUCUGUUGUACUUGAACAGGGUUAGGAAUAACAUAUCGUAAGAUGCAUGUCAUUCCUGAUCUGACUGGUCUUACUGCUUGCAUGAACUGGCCCUAACAUGGCAAUCAGGAUCCUUUUGAAGUGCUGC